AUGGCGAAGGAAUUCAAACUGAAGGACAUCAAGUCCCUGUCGGAUGUCAAGGACUUUGAGAAGGUCGAGUCUGAAGUCGAGGGGGUGGAAGGAGGCAAGAUCCUUGUCGUGAAGGUUGAUGGAGUGGCUCAUGCUCUCUCGCCGAAGUGUACUCACUAUGGCGCGCCGCUGAAGAAUGGUGUCCUUACGCCGGAUGGAAGGUUGACGUGUCCGUGGCAUGGAGCUUGCUUCAGUAUCGGCUCGGGUGAUGUUGAAGACGCACCGGCUCCGAAUGCGCUGGCCAAGUUCGAUGUCUACGAAAAGGAUGGAGCCGUGUAUAUCAAGGGUGAUGAGACGUCGAUUAAGUUCGGUCAGAGAGAUCCUGUUCUCAAGUGUCAGGCUGUGGGCGAUAAGAGGGUUGUUAUCAUAGGAGGUGGGAGCGGAACUCUAGGAGCCAUUCAGGCCCUGCGAGAAGUCGACUUCAAGGGCCCCAUCACCGUCAUUACCAAGGAACCCAACUAUCCUAUCGACCGUACCAAGCUGUCCAAGGCGCUCAUCCCGGACUCGAAGAAGCUCGAAUGGCGUCCGAAGGAAUGGUACGAUUCUGCCUCGGUCAAUUUCGUCUUCGACGAAGCUACCGGUGUCGACUUCGACAAGAAGACCGUCUCAACCACGUCUGGUAAGUCGGUCUCUUACAGUAAGCUUCUUCUCGCGUCGGGAGGCACGCCUCGCAGCCUUCCUCUGCCCGGAUUCAAGGAACUGGGUAACAUCUUCCUGCUUCGCUUCGUGUCUGAUGUCCAGAACAUCCUCGAGGCUGUUGGCCAGAAGAACAAGAAGAUUGUCAUCAUUGGCUCCUCCUUCAUUGGUAUGGAAGUCGGCAAUGCCCUCGCGAAAGAGAACGAAGUCACCAUCGUCGGCAUGGAAAAGGCCCCCAUGGAACGCAUUAUGGGAGCAGAAGUCGGCCAGAUCUUCCAGAAACUGCUCGAGAAAUCCGGCGUCAAAUUCCACAUGAACGCCAGCGUCGAGCGAGCCACUCCUUCACCCGCAAACCCAACCAACGUUGGUGCCGUUCACCUCAAAGACGGCACCGUCCUCCACGCUGACCUGGUCAUCCAGGGCGUUGGCGUCCGUCCUGCCACCGACUUCCUCCAGAACAACCCGGCCAUCAAUCUCGAGAAAGACGGCUCUCUCCGCGUAGACGAGACCUUCGCCGUACAAGGCGUGCCCGACACCUUCGCCAUCGGCGACAUAGCCACCUAUCCAUACCACGGCCCUGGAGCUCCAUCCUCUGGCUACCCCAUCCGCAUCGAACACUGGAAUGUCGCCCAAAACUCCGGCCGCAGCGCCGCCACAACCAUCGCGCACCAACUCGCCGGCAAAACACCCCCUAGACCCAAGGCCUUCAUCCCCAUCUUCUGGUCUGCAUUGGGCCAACAGCUCCGCUAUUGCGGCAACACCCAGGGCGGCUUCGACUCACUCGUCCUGAAAGGUGAGCCCGAAAACGCCAAAUUCGUCGCUUACUACUGUCAAGGCGACACGGUGGUUGCGGUAGCGAGCAUGAUGAUGGAUCCGAUCAUGACCAAGUGCGCGGAGUUGAUGCGUAGAGAGAACAUGCCGACCAAGAAGCAGAUUGAGGCUGGUGUCGAUCCGUUGACGUUGGAUUUGCCGAGUAGUGUGAAGAUGUAA